CAAAACGAAGAGUGGAAGCUUUUGGGGGACAGAGAAGAGAGGAGAGAUCUGAGAGAAGGAGAAGAAGAAGGAAAAGGGAAAAGAAGAAGAUCAAGUCAAGAUGAUGUCGGGAAAAUAUACCUCCAUUGACGCGCAGCAAGUUCAGGGAUCUGUUCCUGCUGUUCCAGAUUCACGACAGGUCACUGUCAAUUUUGCAGAUUCAAAUCUUCAGACAUUUCCUCCUUCUGGAACGCAGGGCAAGAUUACCGCUGCUUCUGGACCUCCUCGUGAUGCCGAUGAUUCAUUUUCAAAACCUAUAUCUGGUUCUGAUGAACCCCAGCAGGGUGGUUGGUUUCGGACUUUUACAGUUGCCGCUUACAAACCGUACUUUGAUGUUGACACUUCAGAUGUUCUUGAGAGAAUUAUAGACUCGCUAUUUCCAUUUAGAGGAUCUUUUAAUGAAAAAACUGCUACCAACCCUGAUUUGUAUGGUCCAUUCUGGAUUUGCACUACCUUAAUAUUUGUAGCAGCAUCUAUUGGCACCUUUGUGACAUAUGUAGCACACAAGCUGAAGAGCAAGGAAUGGGAUUAUGACAUAAAUCUGGUGACUUGGUCUGCUGGUUUGUUUUAUGGCUACGUUACAAUAGUUCCUCUUUGCCUGUAUGUAAUCCUCAAAUACUUCUCUGCACCUGCGGGCCUUGUGCAACUAUUCUGUCUAUAUGGGUAUUCCCUGUUUGUCUUUAUUCCGGCACUUUGUAUGUCCAUAGUGCCACUGGAUAUAUUUAGAUGGGUGGUUGCAGGUGUGGCUGGGUUCAUGUCAGCGACAUUUGUGGCACUUAACCUCCGGGCACAUAUCAAAUCAGCAGGUGAAAGGUGGUUCUUGAUUGUUGCUGGCAUUUUUCUGUUGCAGCUGGCUCUAGCCGUUGUACUAAAAGUUUACCUCUUCACAGUAUCAGUAUAAGAGGAAACUGGACAUCAUGAGUGAAAUAUAUAGAACGAAGGUAUAGUUUUUUGGCAUUUUAGAAUAUGUAGCUGAAACACAAUCCAAAGAUUAAGUAAUCAUGUAUUCAUUCAUUUGUGGCAAUAUAGAGGCGAUAACUUGUGAUUAUCAUAACUAAAGCUCUUGUCUUUGACAAUUUAUUACACGUACUUCAGUGA